CCAGCGAGAGAGCCAGCAAGCGGGAACCGGAGCCCCGCGCCAGAGCUGGGCGCGCCAGGUAGGGUUAGCCUAUGGUGCUGCGGUCACUGCCAACCUUUUUUAGCCCUGACCCCACAACCCGGGGCCCCGCGGGUCCUCGAGUUCUUGAGUACCCAGGCCGAGGCGUCCAGACAGCGCUUUCUGGGAGCUCCGGGAAGCGGGAAGACCGUCCCGGGCACCCCGCCUUCCCAAGAGAACGCACGCCCUGCAUCGCGCUUCCCAGUGCCUCCUGCUCCAGCGUCCUCUGGUCCUUCUUUCCGUCUGUGCCUUUCUGUCUUUGUCUCAGCCUCUCAGGUUCGCUUGCCCUCUCAGAUUUUUGUGGUCCUGCCCCUCAGCUGGACUCCCAGGUUCUGCCCCCUUCCCUGUCUCAGCUUCCAUCAGGGCCUCCCUUGGGUUUCUGCCCCAUCUGUCUUUACCCCUCAUUCUCUCUCCUGUUUACCUGGCUACGCUGCUUCUUUGGGGUCCUCACAAGCUCCGAGUUCUCCUGCCCUGGCUCCCACAGAAGACUAGCCCAGUCUCUGUGGCCAGGACGGGGGUCCUGGAACUAGUUGCUGUCCCCUUAAGCUGUAGUUUCCUUUUCAAUCCCGAGGAAAGAUGUGUCCCUCUCCCAGUCUGCAUGAUUUUAAGAGCCUGCCUGUGUAGGGAUAAUGUAGGGUGGAUGACUAGGUGCAGGUGAUAGGGUGCAGGCUGAAGAGGAUGGGAGGGGAACGCUAAGGUCGGUCAAAGGCUGAGGAGGGGAAGGCUAGAAAUGACAUCUACUGGGCUUGAAGUGACCGAAGAGCGACACUAAGUCUCCAACGGCUUCCCAUGUAAGGCUUGGGCAUCCACAGCUCAGCUCCAUCCCUGUUCAGAGGUCUCACCAGGUUAAUUGUCCCCCACCUGUGACACACAUAUAUGUCCAUAUCUAUUUACUCUGUUGAUUUAAGACUUAAUUACAUAGUACCUGCUCUGGAGCCAGUCCCUCUACCUUGCUAUCUCUCUGGGCUUAGGGUCUCUCCAUUUCUUUCUCAUUCAGGAGACCUGGGGGACUGCCCCUUUAAGAACCAGAGUCUAGCACCCUGGGUGUUCACUGGGGCUUCAGUUUCUGUGGGGCUUAAAACUAUCCCAUAGAGACUCUUCACUCCUGUGGUGGGUCUUCCAGUGCCCCUGCUCUGGAAAUCCAAGGCUCGCUAUGGGAGCUAGAUCCCAGAGUGUGUAGCUGCCAUGGCCUCAGCCACUAUUCUAUGGGUCUCCUAGGAGGUUAGCAUAGGCCCUUAGGUUUGUGUAGGAUUUGGCCAUGGCUAGUUGCCCUGCCCUCUGCCUGGGCCCCCACUCCCACCCUCCCUGCCCUUUUCUGAGUUUGGUAGGGACACAGAGCCCAUCUCUAGCCAAGAUUAGGGCAAAGCUGAGAGACAGACCUAGGGGAUAGCCCAGGAGCUUCUCAGCAUAGUUAGUGACAUCACCCUCAUCAUGACUCCUGAGUACCUGGGAAGGGGAUGUGGGGAAGAACAGAGUCAGAGGGAAAGCUGGAAAUAAAAGGGAGCAGCCACUCUCUGGUUCUACUUUUCCCUGUUUGUCUGUCUAUCUCUCUGCAGGAGCUGGCCCCCUUCUCAUCUCUCUUCCUGUCUGUCCUUUCCUGGCCUCUGUUUCCUCCUCUCUUUGCCUUUGCUGAGUUUAUCCUCAUCCCUUGAAGACCCUGGUCUGCUGGACCUAACCAUCCCCUUUGGGGCCAUGGGAUCACUGCUUGGGUUUCUGGCACUGCUGCUGCUGUGGGGUGCUGUGGCUGAGGGCCCAGCCAAGAAGGUGCUGACCCUGGAGGGGGACCUGGUGCUGGGUGGGCUGUUCCCAGUGCACCAGAAGGGUGGCCCAGCAGAGGAGUGUGGUCCUGUCAAUGAGCACCGUGGCAUACAGCGCUUGGAGGCCAUGCUAUUUGCACUGGACCGCAUCAACCGCGACCCCCACCUGCUGCCUGGUGUGCGCUUGGGUGCACACAUCCUCGACAGCUGCUCCAAGGAUACACACGCCCUGGAGCAGGCACUGGACUUUGUACGGGCCUCACUCAGUCGUGGUGCUGACGGCUCACGCCAUAUCUGUCCCGAUGGUUCCUAUGCCACGCAUAGCGAUGCUCCCACGGCCAUCACCGGUGUCAUUGGUGGCUCCUACAGUGAUGUCUCCAUCCAGGUGGCCAAUCUCCUGCGGCUGUUUCAGAUCCCACAGAUCAGCUAUGCCUCCACUAGUGCCAAGCUGAGCGACAAGUCCCGUUACGACUACUUCGCUCGCACUGUACCCCCGGACUUCUUCCAAGCCAAGGCCAUGGCUGAGAUUCUCCGUUUCUUCAACUGGACAUACGUGUCGACCGUGGCCUCUGAGGGUGACUACGGUGAGACCGGCAUUGAGGCCUUUGAGCUCGAGGCUCGCGCACGAAACAUCUGCGUGGCCACUUCAGAGAAGGUGGGCCGGGCCAUGAGCCGGGCAGCCUUCGAGGGCGUGGUGCGAGCCCUGCUGCAGAAACCCAGUGCCCGGGUCGCUGUGCUCUUCACCCGGUCCGAGGAUGCCCGGGAGCUACUCGCAGCUACCCAGCGCCUCAACGCCAGCUUCACCUGGGUAGCCAGCGACGGCUGGGGGGCCCUGGAGAGUGUGGUAGCAGGAAGUGAAGGGGCUGCGGAGGGGGCCAUCACCAUUGAGCUGGCCUCCUAUCCCAUCAGCGACUUUGCCUCCUACUUCCAGAGCUUGGAUCCCUGGAACAACAGUCGGAACCCCUGGUUCCGUGAGUUCUGGGAAGAGAGGUUCCAGUGCAGCUUCCGGCAGCGAGACUGUGCAGCUCACUCGCUGCGGGCUGUGCCCUUCGAACAGGAGUCUAAGAUCAUGUUUGUGGUCAACGCAGUGUAUGCCAUGGCCCACGCUUUGCACAACAUGCACCGUGCUCUCUGUCCCAACACCACCCACCUCUGCGAUGCCAUGAGACCUGUCAACGGGCGCCGCCUCUACAAAGACUACGUGCUCAAUGUCAAGUUCGAUGCCCCCUUCCGCCCAGCAGAUACUGACAACGAGGUCCGCUUUGACCGCUUUGGUGAUGGUAUCGGCCGCUACAACAUCUUCACCUAUCUGCGGGCAGGCAGUGGGCGCUAUCGCUACCAGAAGACCCGAAAGUGCCCGGAGAACUUCAAUGAAGCCAAGUUCAUUGGCUUCACCAUGUACACCACCUGCAUCAUCUGGCUGGCUUUCCUUCCCAUCUUCUAUGUCACCUCCAGUGAUUAUCGGGUACAGACCACUACCAUGUGCGUGUCGGUCAGCCUCAGUGGCUCUGUGGUGCUCGGCUGCCUCUUUGCACCCAAGCUGCAUAUCAUCCUUUUCCAGCCGCAGAAGAACGUGGUGAGCCACCGCGCACCUACCAGCCGCUUUGGCAGCACUGCCCCCAGGGCCAGCGCCAACCUUGGUCAAGGGUCUGGAUCCCAGUUUGUCCCCACCGUUUGCAACGGCCGUGAGGUGGUAGACUCAACAACAUCAUCGCUUUGAAGAUCCCACACUCCUGCCCUGACAUGGCUGCUCGCGAACCCAGUGUAGACCCUCUUCCACGGCCAGGAGGAAGUUGGCUGGAGCACUGCAAUAACACCCACCCCAUGCCUGCCCCCAGAGUCACUUACCCACCUCCUGAUUCCCAACCCUGUAGGGAAGAAGCCAGGGUCCUUGGCUGGGGAGCCUCUGCAUUGGCCACUAACUGUCCAUGUAGCUAUGCCCCCUGUUUGCCAGGCCUGGGACUCUGAGGGGAGAGUCAGUGUCUACUGUGCUCUAGAACAACAUGGCUGAGGAUGGCAGGCCCAACCCCCAUCAGCAAAGGUGCUUCCAGUCCAGCCCCUGCCCAGGCCUUUUUAAUUUUUUUAUAAGUUACUCUGGGUUAGAGAGGAUGGCUAUGAUGGGGAUUAUCCCCUCCCCUCCUUACCCAGUAGUUUGUCCUGUGGUUUAUUUUGUAUUAUCUGUAAAUAAAGUGUCUUUAUUUAAA